CUGUUCAGCUUACAGCCCACCCCAUUAUAUAAUCACAGCCUGAUAACUGGACUGCUGACUGCAUGUAACGGGUUCACACACAAGCUGAACAGACAUUUCAGCUCCACACCUGCUGACUCUGUAGUUCCACUACGAAUCCAAGUCACUUCACACUUCAAGUUUAAAAUGGCUCAAACACCACUUCUUUCACUGCCUGAGUUUCGCAAUGUCUCUACUGGCUGUCUGGUUGUGAAAGAGGCUCUGAACUUCUGGGGUGGAGCUCGGGUUCAAGGCAAGGACACAAAGAACUCUGAGCCAGUGUAUGAGCCUGCAACUGGUCGUGUGCUCUGUGAUUUAAUACCUUGCGGGGAGGAGGAGGUAGAUCAGGCCAUAAAGAGUGCACACUCUGCCUACCUGAAAUGGAGCAAACUUGCUGGUAUAGAGAGAGCUCGGAUCCUGCUUGAGGCUGCACGUAUUAUUAGGGAACGCAGAGAUCAAAUCGCUAUACUGGAAGUGAUCAAUAAUGGAAAAAGCAUCACUGAAGCUAAGGUGGACAUUGAUGUGGCCUGGCAGUGUAUUGAGUACUAUGCUGGAAUUGCUCCCACACUAGCAGGCCAGCACAUUCAGCUUCCCGGAGGCUCUUUUGCCUACACUCGUAGAGAGCCACUGGGUGUGUGUGUGGGAAUUGGAGCCUGGAACUAUCCUUUCCAGAUUGCUGCAUGGAAAUCAGCCCCAGCACUAGCAUGUGGUAAUGCCAUGGUGUUUAAACCAUCUCCCAUGACUCCAGUGACAGCAGUCAUUUUGGCAGAGAUCUAUAAAGAAGCUGGCGUGCCAGAUGGGCUAUUUAAUGUGGUGCAGGGAGCAGCUGAGACUGGAUCACUGCUGUGCCACCACCCCAUGGUAGCCAAAGUGUCCUUCACUGGUAGUGUGCCUACUGGCAAGAAGGUCAUGGAGAUGUCCGCGAAAGGCGUGAAGCAGGUGACACUGGAGUUGGGAGGAAAGUCACCACUUAUCAUCUUUAAGGACUGUGAGCUGGAGAAUGCUGUCAGAGGGGCUCUAAUGGCUAACUUCCUUACCCAGGGAGAGGUGUGUUGCAAUGGGACACGAGUCUUUGUGCAGAGGGAUAUUAUGAAGCCAUUUGUAGAGGCGGUCGUGAAGAGGACCAAAGCCAUUGCUGUUGGAGAUCCUUUACUAGAUGGGACACGGAUGGGUGCUCUGAUCAGCAAACCCCACAUGGAGAAAGUGCUGGGCUUUAUUAAACAAGCUAAGGAACAGGGAGCUACGGUGCUAUGUGGUGGAGAACCAUUUGUUUCCAGUGACCCCAAACUGAAAGGAGGCUACUUCUUGUCCCCUUGUGUACUGGAUAACUGCAGGGAUGACAUGACCUGUGUGAAAGAGGAAAUCUUUGGGCCUGUGAUGUCCAUUUUGCCAUUUGACACAGAAGAGGAGGUUUUGCAAAGAGCCAACAACACAACUUUUGGUCUGGCAUCUGGUGUCUUUACCAGGGAUAUUUCUCGAGCCCACAGAGUGGCUGAAAACCUUCAAGCAGGAACAUGCUUCAUCAAUAAUUAUAAUGUGAGUCCAGUGGAGGUCCCAUUUGGAGGCUACAAGAUGUCAGGUUUUGGCAGAGAGAAUGGAAUGGUGACCAUUGAGUAUUACUCCCAGCUGAAAACUGUUGUGGUGGAAAUGGGAGAUGUCGAAAAUUACUUUUAAAAGACCAUGUUGUCUUCCUGCAGUGUGAAAGUCUUGCCAUUCAACAAUAAAGCUGUGCUGAUGUUUAGUAAAUAUGAACCCAUAGGUGAUAGUAUAGUAAACUUAUACUUGAUCAUCCAGUUUCAACUAAUUCAAAUAGUUCUGAGCCAAAACCUAUCACUAACAUGUGCCUAAAACACUAAGUUCAUAUUUGCAUUUAAGAUUACCUUAAUGCAUUUCUACAGUACAUCAUUUAAGCAGUAUUUGUAGCAAGUUCAUUUGUUCAGGGUAGGGAACAUCUAUGCAUUAGUGGAUGAAUGCAGGCUGCUGUGAAAGAACUCUCCACUUGUGUAAACUGUUUGUUGUGGAAUGUCACCUCUUUUUUAACUAAAAAUGAACACAUUUCUCUUCUUUGGAAUUAAAUGUGGAAAUGUUA